AUGGUAGGAGAAGUCGAAACCGUUGAACCUCCCGCACUAGGUGUUGUUAAGUCUGCAGAUCCAGAUAUGGUAGGAAUAGUCGAAACCGUUGAACCUCCCGCACUAGGUGUUGUUAAGUCUGCAGAUCCAGAUAUGGUAGGAGUAGUCGAAACCGUUGAACCUCCUUCACUAGGUGUUGUCAAGUCUGCAGAUCCAGAUAUGGUAGGAGAAGUCGAAACCGUUGAACCUCCUGCACUAGGUGUUGUUAAGUCUGCAGAUCCAGAUAUGGUAGGAAUAUUCGAAACCGUUGAACCUCCCGCACUAGGUGUUGUUAAGUCUGCAGAUCCAGAUAUGGUAGGAGUAGUCGAAACCGUUGAACCUCCGACACUAGGUGUUGUUAAGUCUGCAGAUCCAGAUAUGGUAGGAGUAGUCGAAACCGAUGAACCUCCUUCACUAGGUGUUGUCAAGUCUGCAGAUCCAGAUAUGGUAGGAGAAGUCGAAACCGUUGAACCUCCUGCACUAGGUGUUGUCAAGUCUGCAGAUCCAGAUAUGGUAGGAAUAGUCGAAACCGUUGAACCUCCGACACUAGGUGUUGUUAAGUCUGCAGAUCCAGAUAUGGUAGGAGAAGUCGAAACCGUUGAACCUCCUGCACUAGGUGUUGUCAAGUCUGCAGAUCCAGAUAUGGUAGGAGUAGUCGAAACCGUUGAACCUCCUUCACUAGGUGUUGUCAAGUCUGCAGAUCCAGAUAUGGUAGGAGAAGUCGAAACCGUUGAACCUCCUGCACUAGGUGUUGUCAAGUCUGCAGAUCCAGAUAUGGUAGGAAUAGUCGAAACCGUUGAACCUCCCGCACUAGGUGUUGUUAAGUCUGCAGAUCCAGAUAUGGUAGGAGUAGUCGAAACCGUUGAACCUCCUUCACUAGGUGUUGUCAAGUCUGCAGAUCCAAAUAUGGUAGGAGUAGUCGAAACCGUUGAACUUCCGACACUAGGUGUUGUUAAGUCUGCAGAUCCAGAUAUGGUAGGAGUAGUCGAAACCGUUGAACCUCCGACACUAGGUGUUGUUAAGUCUGCAGAUCCAGAUAUGGUAGGAGUAGUCGAAACCGUUGAACUUCCGACACUAGGUGUUGUUAAGUCUGCAGAUCCAGAUAUGGUAGGAGUAGUCGAAACCAUUGAACUUCCGGCACUAGGUGUUGUUAAGUCUGCAGAUCCAGAUAUGGUAGGAGUAGUCGAAACCGUUGAACCUCCUUCACUGGGUGUUGUUAAGUCUGCAGAUCCAGAUAUGGUAGGAGUAGUCGAAACCGUUGAACUUCCGACACUAGGUGUUGUUAAGUCUGCAGAUCCAGAUAUGGUAGGAGUAGUCGAAACCGUUGAACCUCCUUCACUAGGUGUUGUCAAGUCUGCAGAUCCAAAUAUGGUAGGAGUAGUCGAAACCGUUGAACUUCCGACACUAGGUGUUGUUAAGUCUGCAGAUCCAGAUAUGGUAGGAGUAGUCGAAACCGUUGAACUUCCAGCACUAGGUGUUGUUAAGUCUGCAGAUCCAGAUAUGGUAGGAGUAGUCGAAACCGUUGAACCUCCUUCACUAGGUGUUGUCAAGUCUGCAGAUCCAAAUAUGGUAGGAGUAGUCGAAACCGUUGAACCUCCUUCACUAGGUGUUGUCAAGUCUGCAGAUCCAAAUAUGGUAGGAGUAGUCGAAACCGUUGAACUUCCGACACUAGGUGUUGUUAAGUCUGCAGAUCCAGAUAUGGUAGGAGUAGUCGAAACCGUUGAACUUCCAGCACUAGGUGUUGUUAAGUCUGCAGAUCCAGAUAUGGUAGGAGUAGUCGAAACCGUUGAACUUCCGACACUAGGUGUUGUUAAGUCUGCAGAUCCAGAUAUGGUAGGAGUAGUCGAAACCAUUGAACUUCCGGCACUAGGUGUUGUUAAGUCUGCAGAUCCAGAUAUGGUAGGAGUAGUCGAAACCGUUGAACCUCCUUCACUGGGUGUUGUUAAGUCUGCAGAUCCAGAUAUGGUAGGAGUAGUCGAAACCGUUGAACUUCCGACACUAGGUGUUGUUAAGUCUGCAGAUCCAGAUAUGGUAGGAGUAGUCGAAACCGUUGAACCUCCGACACUAGGUGUUGUUAAGUCUGCAGAUCCAGAUAUGGUAGGAGUAGUCGAAACCGUUGAACCUCCUUCACUAGGUGUUGUCAAGUCUGCAGAUCCAGAUAUGGUAGGAGAAGUCGAAACCGUUGAACCUCCUGCACUAGGUGUUGUCAAGUCUGCAGAUCCAGAUAUGGUAGGAGUAGUCGAAACCGUUGAACCUCCGACACUAGGUGUUGUUAAGUCUGCAGAUCCAGAUAUGGUAGGAGUAGUCGAAACCGUUGAACUUCCGACACUAGGUGUUGUUAAGUCUGCAGAUCCAAAUAUGGUAGGAGUAGUCGAAACCGUUGAACUUCCGACACUAGGUGUUGUUAAGUCUGCAGAUCCAGAUAUGGUAGGAGUAGUCGAAACCGUUGAACUUCCGACACUAGGUGUUGUUAAGUCUGCAGAUCCAGAUAUGGUAGGAGUAGUCGAAACCGUUGAACUUCCGACACUAGGUGUUGUUAAGUCUGCAGAUCCAAAUAUGGUAGGAGUAGUCGAAACCGUUGAACUUCCGACACUAGGUGUUGUUAAGUCUGCAGAUCCAGAUAUGGUAGGAGUAGUCGAAACCGUUGAACCUCCGACACUAGGUGUUGUUAAGUCUGCAGAUCCAGAUAUGGUAGGAGAAGUCGAAACCGUUGAACUUCCGACACUAGGUGUUGUUAAGUCUGCAGAUCCAGAUAUGGUAGGAGUAGUCGAAACCGUUGAACCUCCAGCACUAGGUGUUGUUAAGUCUGCAGAUCCAGAUAUGGUAGGAAUAGUCGAAACCGUUGAACCUCCAGCACUAGGUGUUGUUAAGUCUGCAGAUCCAGAUAUGGUAGGAGUAGUCAAAACCGUUGAACCUCCGGCACUAGGUGUUGUUAAGUCUGCAGAUCCAGAUAUGGUAGGAGUAGUCGAAACCGUUGAACCUCCUUCACUGGGUGUUGUUAAGUCUGCAGAUCCAGAUAUGGUAGGAGUAGUCGAAACCGUUGAACUUCCGACACUAGGUGUUGUUAAGUCUGCAGAUCCAGAUAUGGUAGGAGUAGUCGAAACCGUUGAACCUCCGACACUAGGUGUUGUUAAGUCUGCAGAUCCAGAUAUGGUAAGAGUAGUCGAAACCGUUGAACCUCCAGCACUAGGUGUUGUUAAGUCUGCAGAUCCAGAUGUUGUAGAUAUAGUUGAAAUCGUUAAUUCUUCUAUACUUGGUGUGGUGGAAACCGUUAAUCCAGAUGUAGUCGGAGAAGUCGAAAGUGUAGUUCCUGAUGUGGUUAGUGUUGUUUUGGUUUUUUUGGUUUUCUUUGUCGGAGUUGUCAUUACAGUUGUUGUUGGAGUUGUCAUUGGAGUCGUUGUGGAUCUUUUUUUCUUUGUUUUUGGUUUUGGAAAGAAUAUAUUGAAUAAAUCAAUAACAUCCUGA